AUGGCCGCACCACCCGCGCGUGUGCCGCUUCUUCGUGCACCCAGCCGGCCCUUCCCCGCCUCCCAGAUCAACCCCCGCCGUCACUUCCGGCCGUCGGUGUCGGUCGCCGUAGGAGGCGUGGGCGGCCCCGUGCUCCGCACCUGCAAGAAUUGCAAGAAGCAGUACGACCCGGCUGCGAAUCACCCUUCGUCAUGCCGCUACCACACGGCCCACUUUGGAGGGGAAACAAAGAGAAAAUUUGAAAGUGUCCAUUCUGGUGGGACCAUGGAUACGCCGGGUGCAGGCAAAGUGCUCCAGUACUGGCAUUGUUGUGGAUCAGAGGAUCCAUUUGAUGUUGGUUGUACUGCUGCUCCUCACUCUUCAUACGAUGACUAA